AGUUCAUGGAGACUAUCCCUUCAAAGCAAGAUCAAGGCAUAGGUAGGAAAACUAGAAACUCAUUGCCAUGAUCACAUUUCCAAAAAGAAGUUGGCAAGAAAUAUUUUAAUGAUGAGAGAAAGGGAGACUCUACUCUUGUGAUUCAUCUCCAAUCUUCAUUUAUAUAUGGUUAUAGCCAUCUUCAUCCUCUCUUACCACAUCUACAAACAUGUUAGCUCCACACAACCUCCUUUCUCUUGCAGGCUUGCUCCUCUUCAAUCUUCUUCCACUAGCUUCAUCACUUGAUCAACACAUCAACAUUAAUCCACAGGUGACUCCCAAACUGUCAUAUGAGAUCAAACUCCAUGGAUUCCUCCUAUGGGCUUCUGUUGGUUUCUUGAUGCCAAUCUCCAUACUCAUAAAGAGGAUCUCAAAUGCAAACCCAUCUCCCACAAACCUCAGAAUCAUCUUCUACACUCAUGCCAUCACCCAGGUUUGUGCAGUCCUUGUUGCAGCAGCAGGAGGAGUGAUAUCAAUAAAACACUUCGACAACGCAUUCACCAACCAACACCAGAUAAUAGGUCUCCUCUUCUACGCCGCCAUAUGGUUCCAAACAAUGCUCACCAUCAUGAGGCCACACAGGGGAAGUAGAGGGAGGAAGAUUUGGUAUGUGGUGCACUGGCUAGUGGGAAUUGCAGCUUCAUUGGUGGGAGUGAUCAAUGUGUUCACUGGCUUACAAGCUUACCAUGAAAGAACAUUGGAGGAUGUAAGAAUUUGGACAGCUAUUUUUAUAGUUGAGCUCUUUUUGGUUCUGCUUGUGUAUCUUCUUCAAGAGAAGUGGCACUACUUGGGGCAACAUGGCAGCGCGUCGAAGUCGCAGAUAGCUCACCACAAGUUGAGUGAAGAAGAGAGCUGUGUUUGAAGCUAGCUAGUGAGUUUCAACUAAUAUUGUAUAUGUUUGAAGAGUGAGAAGAAUGUAAUGAAAUUCAACAAGUUACUCAUACUAAUUGUGUAUGUUGCUUUAUCUGAUGAUUAUCAGACAAUUUUCUGGUUA